AUGAAAUUUUCAUAUAAAAAUGUUGAUCAACAUGUUGCAGAAAAAUUGUAUAAUUUUUUUCCAGUUCAAAAUUGUUUUAUUGAAGUUAAUCCAGGAAAAGUAAUUUUACCACGAAAAUACAUUGAUAUUGGACAAUCAAUUUUGGAUUUACCUAUUCAUUCGGAUGAUGUAUGGUUGAUAUCAUAUCCAAGAACUGGAUCAACAUGGGCACAAGAAAUGAUUUGGUUAUUAGGAAAUGGUUUAGAUUUUGAAGGAGCUAAACAAAUUCAACAAAUUCGUUCACCGUUAUUAGAACUAACGGCAAUAUUUGGAGAAGAUCAUCAUGAAUGGGUUGCAUCUUCUAUAGGAAACACGGUAGAAUGUGUAAAAAAUAUGCCACGACCAAGAUUUGCUAGAUCACAUUUACCAUCUCAACUUCUACCAGUACAAUUAAAAGAAAUAAAACCGAAGAUUGUUUAUACGGCAAGAAAUCCAAAAGAUUUAUGUGUAUCAUUCUAUCAUUAUUGCAAAUUGGUACAUGGUUUAUAUGCACCAUUCGAAGAUUUUUGUGAAUUAUUUAUUGAUGAAACAUCACCAAUUGGAUCAUAUUGGUCACAUAUAUUACCAUUUUGGGAGAAACGUUACGAUAAAAAUAUUUUAUUUUUAAAAUAUGAAGAUAUGAAAAGAAAUUUACCAGAAAUAAUUCAUGAAUGUGCUAAAUUUUUAGAAAUCGAUUAUAAAUUAAGUAAUUCUGAUAUGGAAAGAAUGUGUGAACAUUUAAAAUUUGAUAAAAUGCAAUCAAAUCCAGCUGUUAAUUUGGAUCCAAUUAUUAAUAAUCCAAUUAUUCAAAAUGGUAUUGAAUGUUCGGAUAAUGGAAAUUGUGAACAAAUAAAAUUUAUACGUAAAGGACAAAUUGGUGAUUGGAAAAAUUAUAUUAAAGGAGAUUUAUUGGAACGUUUUGAUGAAUGGAUUGAGAAAAAUACCAAAGGCACAGAUUUAAUAUUCGAUUAUGAAUAA